AUGAACUCUAUGGAAAUCCCCAUCCAGACAGAGAUGAUAGACAUUGUACCAAAUGGAAAACAUUCAGUAUUAAAUACCUCUUCCAUGGGAAAUGACAGAUUUGAUGAAAACCAGGCAAAUGUAACAGAGAUGGAGGAGUUUCUGCCACAUGGUGCUGAAAAGAAACAGACCCAUUUCACAGAUUUUGAAGGGAAGACUUCUUUUGGGAUGUCUGUUUUCAAUCUCAGCAAUGCCAUCAUGGGCAGUGGGAUCCUUGGGCUGGCAUAUGCUAUGGCCAACACUGGCAUCCUCCUCUUUCUAUUCCUCUUGACUACUGUAGCUCUCUUGUCCAGCUAUUCUAUACACUUGCUGCUUAAAUCCUCAGGGAUUGUUGGAAUCCGAGCCUAUGAACAACUGGGUUACAGAGCCUUUGGGACACCAGGGAAAUUGGCAGCUGCCCUUGCUAUAACACUACAAAACAUUGGAGCCAUGUCAAGCUACUUAUACAUUGUGAAGUCUGAACUGCCUCUAGUCAUCCAGACCUUCCUCACCCUGGAGGAGAAAACACCGGACUGGUAUCUGAAUGGAAAUUACCUGGUAAUCAUUGUCAGUAUCACUAUUAUCCUUCCUCUGGCCCUCAUGAAACAACUUGGUUAUCUUGGUUAUACCAGUGGGUUUUCUCUCAGCUGCAUGGUCUUCUUCCUUAUUUCAGUCAUUUACAAAAAGUUCCAGAUUCCUUGUCCACUUCCUGAGCGGAUCAACCACACAGGCAACCUGAAUUACACCUUGGCUGGCACAAGCAGCUAUCAAAACGAACACACUACUGUGCAGGCUACAGAGGAAGACAUUUGCUCUUCAAGUUUGUUCACGCUCAACUCUCAGACAGCCUACACCAUCCCUAUCAUGGCAUUUGCUUUUGUGUGUCAUCCUGAAGUCCUUCCUAUCUACACUGAGUUGAAAAACCCAACCAAGAAAAAGAUGCAGUGUAUCUCCAACAUUUCCAUCACAGUCAUGUAUGUUAUGUACUUCCUGGCUGCCCUAUUUGGUUAUCUCACAUUCUAUGGGCAGGUAGAAUCAGAGCUGCUUCACACCUACAGCAGAGUAGACUCAUUUGAUGUGCUGAUCUUAUGUGUGCGAGUAGCCGUGUUGAUUGCUGUGACACUAACGGUGCCCAUUGUUCUCUUCCCGGUGCGCCGUGCAAUCCAGCAGAUGCUUUUUCCAGACAAGGAUUUCAGCUGGAUUCGGCACAUUAUCAUUGCUUUUGUGCUACUGUCAUCUAUUAAUUUGCUUGUUAUUUUUGCUCCCUCCAUCUUGGGAAUCUUUGGCUUAAUUGGUGCCACCUCAGCUCCUUGCCUGAUAUUCAUCUUUCCAGCAAUAUUCUACAUCCGGAUCAUGCCCAAGGACAAAGAACCUAUGAAAUCCCUUCCAAAGAUCCUGGCAGCCCUCUUUGCAUGCCUCGGGGUGCUCUUCAUGAUCAUGAGCCUCAGCUUCAUCAUCAUCGACUGGGUAUUAGGUGGCAUAAAGAGUGGAGGCAGCCACUAGGCAAAAUCUGGAGCCCUGUGAUGCGCAACG